CUCUAAAGAACAAUACCACAAGCUCUGACCAAAGCACCAGAUGCCCAAGAAGGCUGGUGCUAAAAAUUCAACGAGAUUCAACGAGAGAUCAGUCGUCUUUGCCCUGUGCCGGUGCCUGUGGCGUUGUGGGAACUGGGAAGAUUGAAGUUGGGAACUUGGGACCUCUAGUUUCUGACUGCCAUUGACCAUUCUUACCGACAGCGUCCUACAUACAAUGUAUUCAUCGUCGAAAAGAAAAGUUGAUGAACAAGAUCUUGAAAAAUCUAAAGAUGAUGAGAAGGAAAGGCUCAUCAAUGUUGGAGACGAUGAAGAAGAAGAAGAGGAUGACUUCUUUCUCAAAGGGGCUGCAGCGAAGAAGUCGGUUCGGUUCUCUACAGACAAAAUGAAGGUUGUACAAGCGCAAGUAUCAGAGGUGACCAGUGCAAUGAGGGACAAUGUUGGGCGCCUUCUUGAGCGGGGAGACCAGCUUGAAGAACUCAGUGCACGUUCUGAUCACCUCGCCACUACUGCUGAUAGCUUCAGAAACUCAUCUGUACGACUCAGGCGCAACAUGUGGUGGCAGACCACUAAAAGCAGACUCGUCAUUGGGUGCACUCUGAUCAUACUUGCACUCAUUGUAUUUGUGCCAAUCAUUAUCAAGUACCAUAGGGCCUGAAGAAUGCUUUUGCCUCUGGGCCUUCCACGUGCUGUACAGCAUAAGAUCUGCACAUCAAUGUGAACAGGAUGCCAACAAUGUUGCACCGUCAUAGAUCUGAUAGAUCAUAUUAGAUCUAUUAGAUAGAUAGAUCUAAUCAUAGUCCCUGCAAGUACAUCUCUGUUAUUCAUUGUGACACCUACUCAUCAAACUAAGUUUCACCCGAGAUAAGUUUUAGAAUUAAGCAGUGACUUACAUAAAGGUUUAUUAUUCACCCAUUCUUAAUAGCUGUGGUGCACAGCCAUCUCAACUCUACUGACAUUCAUCCUUCCUAGAUUUGUUUAUAUUAUAAAGUCACAGAUUAUCAUUCCAUCAUUUUUUCUAUGAAACAUAUCAUCUGAGAGUUAAACAAUGAGGAUAUGAGUGCUUCUGGUGUUCUAAAGUCUUAUGGUAUUUUGUAGCAUUUGUUGCUGUUUUAUGUUAGAUCAGUUGUAUGAUGGAACACUAGUCAUACUCUGUUAACAAUGAAAAAUUAUAUUUGCUCUGAAUGCAUGCACACUUCGCAUUGUUAAAUGGUUGUUAGACAUUAUAAAAAAAGUUAUUAAAAAAUACUAAAACAUGACACCUCCAUUAUAUAUAUUUUACUUGAUGUCCCUACUGAGAGAUAGAGAAAAAUAUGGAUGUAAGUUCAGCUCUAUAAUAUAUUGCUUUGCCUAAUCCUUACUUGUUUAAUGAAGCAUUUUAUUUUCUGAAUGCUUAUUCUUUGAUUGAAUUGCUUGGAAGAUUUUUAUUAGUUGUCUUGAUUAUCUAGGCUCCACUAUUUUUGCUGAUAUGCUUUUUUCAGCAAGUGUUCCAGUAAACAAUUCAACUGAACUCAUAUUUGCUGUUAUGUGCACUUGCUCUAAUUAAAAUUAUUUUGCCAAUGCAUUCUCUCAAGUGAGUUUUACAAUUAAUAUUGUCAUCACCAGGCUUUAGGUUCAAAUCUUAUGCAUUAAUAUUC